AAACUACAAAAUCCUUAAGCCCCAAUUUGGCUUCCCUCAUUAGCCUUCAUUUCCUUCACCAUCAGUGUCCAUGGCUUCUUAUAUUAGCUUAAAGGCCCAUGCAAUCCUAGCUCUUGCACUUGCCUUCUGUGUGCAAGGCAUCAUAGGUGGAGGAAUCGAAUGUGAGAAUCUCAACAAGGACUCGUGUGCAUUCGCAGUAUCAUCAUCCAGUAAGCGCUGUGUGCUCGAAAAAAUUGUGAAAAGGAGCGGAGAGGAAGCGUACACGUGUCGUACAUCAGAGAUAGAGGCUGAUAAAUUGAAGGACUGGAUCGAGAACGACCAGUGCAUCGAAGCAUGCGGGCUUGAUCGGACGAUGCUUGGAAUCUCAUCGGACUCUCUUUUGGAGUCUCAGUUCACUCACAAGCUUUGCUCAACUCAAUGUUAUGAUAACUGUCCCAACAUUGUAGACCUCUAUUUCAAUCUUGCUGCUGGUGAAGGUGUGUUUCUUCCCAAAUUAUGUGAAGUACGAGGGGCAAAUGCACGAAGAGAAAUGGCUGAGAUCAAAAGCUCCGGAUACGUUGCACCUACACCUGAAUCAGGAGGUGUCCACCCUGUUAAGUUCAUGACAAUUACUCCAGCAAUGGCUCCUUAUUGAUUCUCCUAAUUACUACUAUAUAUAUAGAUGUUAUGUUAAGUUUUUUAAAAUUGGAUUAUAGUAAGUAUACAAAUAAUAAGGAAGUUGAUCCAAAGUUAUUAGUGGCCGGGCUUGAUUGAUGGCAUGUUCAAGUUGCUUUAACAAGUCAUGUGCUAAUUACAAUUUGGUAUUUUUACUUUUUCGUUUUUUUUGAACAAAUUGUUGUGUUCUGUAUCUCCAUUGUCAUAUACCAUAUGAAGUUAUGAACAAUGUUCGAAAGUCUUGUACUUUAUCAUGUAGCAAUCUUAUUGUAACGGGUUUAGGUGAAACAUAAGCAAGGAUUGGUUGGUGCAUUUUGUGUGAUAUAUAUAUUGUUUU